GAUCUGACUGAUGGAAUUGUUGACUUUGUUGAAAAGUUCACAGAUGAUAUGAAGAUCAGUAGAGGGGCUAGUAGUUUAGAGGAAAUAGAGAGGCUUAGACAGAUUAGGAAAAUGGGCAAAGAAAUGGCGGGUGGAAUUCAGUGGCUAGAAGUGUAUGGUUAUGCACUUUGGAAAAAGCAAGUGUUGAAUAUUUUCUAAAUGGAGAGAAAAAAAACAGAAGUGCAAAGAGACUUGGGAGUCCUUGUGCAGGAUUCCCUAAAGGUUGAUUUACAGGUUGAGUCUGUGGUGAGGAAGACAAAUGCAAUGUUAGCAUUCAUUUCAAGAGGACCAGAAUAUAAAAGCAAGGAUGUAAUGUUGAGACACUGGUUUGGCCUCACUCGGAGUAUUGUGAGCAGGUUAGGGCCCCUUAGAAAGGAUGUGUUGAAACUGGAGUGGUUUCAAAGGAGGUUCAUGAAAGUUAUUCCACAAUUGAAUGGCCUGUCAUAUGAAGAGUGUAUGAUGGCUCUGGGCCUGUAUUUACUAGAAUUCAGAAGAAUGAGGGGUGACUUAAUUGAAACCUAUCGAAUGGUGAGAGUCUAAGGCCAGAGGACAGCCUCAGAAUAGAGGAGCAUCCUUUUAAAAUGGAGAUGAGGAGGAAUUUCUUUAGCCAGAGAGUGGUGAAUCUGGAAUUCCUUGUCUCAGGCAGCUGUGGAGGCCAAGUCUAUAUGUAUAUUUAAGGCAGAGCUUGAUAGAUUCUUGAUUGGUCAGGGCAUGAAGGGAUACAAGGAGAAGACAGGAGAUUGGGACUGAGAGGAAAAUUGGAUCAGCCAUGAUGAAAUGGUGGAGCAGACUCAAUGGGCCAAAUGGCCUAAUUCUGCUCCCAUGUCUUACGGUCUUUUGAAAAGGUAAAUUCCAAGACUAUCUUAGACAAAUAUUUUACCUCAUCUAUCUUAAGUGGGCGGUCUUUAUUUCUAAACAGAGACCCUUCAUUCUAGAUACUCUCCACCUUCCACACUUUUAGAGCCUUUAUGUUUCCAGCAGGUUACCUCUUUCAGAAAGUAAUGAUAAUUCUGAGGAGUUUGUAUCCUAAGACUACCUAACCACAAAUAACCACCUCCCUGUCACUAGAUGGUGAUGACUUUUUUUGGAAUAAGAAAUGUUUCUGGUGUAUAACUCAGAUCUAUGCCUUAAUCUGUGUAUCAGGAAUAUGUAGAGAGCCUGAAGUAAACUAUUACCAUUAGGCCUGUUGCCACAGGUGUAGCAACUGCAUUGGUUUUGGAUGAGUGGUGCAAUGGAUAUUAUCACCAAGUAAUUAGUAAUGUUUUAAUUUUUAAUUGUCCUUCCUCCUCACAGAACAAUCUGUGCUGUUUGCACCUGUGCCUUUCUCACUGUUUCUCCUUCUUCCAGAUAUUGUGGCUUAUGUAACCUUGUUAAUUCAGUUUCUGUUAGGGCAAUAUAGUAGGAGAGUAUAAUGAUUUUCCCAACAGCAAUACUAAGAUUACAAUAAAGCUGCCUUUUAAAUACAUGAAACCUGCAAGUAGUCCAACACAAUUGAGGAAAAAAUUCUGUCAGAGUACUUUUGAUAGCAAGUAUAAUGAUUAACUGUUAGUCAGUUUACUGGAUAACAUGAACCUGGUCAGGUGUCAGGUCUCUCAGUCGGAGAUUAUUUUGGAGAUAGUGAUCACACUUCUAUCUUUUUUACCGUGGCGUUGGAGAGGGAUAGGGACAGACAAGUUAGGGAAAUGUUUAAUUGGAGUAAAGGGAAAUGUGAGGCUAUCAGGCAGGAAUUUGGAAGCAUAAAUUGGAAACAGAUGUUCUCAGGGAAACGUACGGAAGAAAUCUGGCAAAUGUUCAGGGGAUAAUUGCAUAGGGUUCUGCAUAGGUAUGUUCCAAUGAGAUAGGGAAAAAAUGGUAGGGUACAGGAACUGUGGUGUACAAAGGCUGUUAUAAAUCUAGUCAAGAAGAAAAGAAGAGCUUAUGAAAGGUUCAAAGAACUAGGUAAUGAUAGAAAUCUAGUAGAAUAUAAGGCCAACAGGAAGGAGCUUAAGAAUAAAAUUAAGAGAGCCAGAAGGGGCCAUGAGAAGGCCUUGGCGGACAGGAUUAAGGAAAUCCCCAAGGCAUUCUACAAGUAUGUGAAGAGCAAGAGGAUGUCGUGUGAGAAUAGGACCAAUCAACUGUGACAGUGUGGACCAUACAGUGUGUAUGGAACCAGAGGAGAUAGCAGAGAGAAUAUGUCUGAAUGUGAAGAUGACCCUGCAGUGUUUUCUUGUGAUACCUUGCCCUCUGACCUUCGCUUCAUGGCAACAGUUGCCAAUGGAUACAUUGGCACUAGAAUAUACAGUGAUGUAAUGCACAUUAAUGGGGUAUAUAAUGGUGAAGGAGGUGACUGUUGUCGGGCAGAUGUACCAUCUACUGUUAAUAUCAAACUGACUGUACCUGACGAGAGCACUGCAAAGAAGACCUUCACAUUAAACACCAGGACAGGUACAUUUUACAGCACUACAAAGACCAAGGAUUUUAUGGUGACCCAGCAGAUAUUUGCCCAUCGCAGUCAGGUCCAUCUCGUGGCUCUCACCAUAACUUUGGAACAGAUUACAGUUUCCAAGGAGCAAUUCACAGUGGAGAUAGAGUCAAUGUUUGUUCCCCAAAGCCAGAAUAUUGAUUUUAGAAGAGGACCAGACUUCAUGGAAGCAAUGUACAUCCAUGGAGAAACAAUUACCCCAGAGGUUAAAGGUUCUGCAAGGCAAAGUGUUCACAUGAUCUUGAUGCCACUUCCGGAGUCCCUGACGCUGCUGCCUACUGAGCAGAAUAGGUCUUGGGUAUUCCUGACUGCAGUAGCUGACACAGAAGAGCGAGUUAAGGAGUGCUUUGUAGAAGGACAGACCCUGGUGCAGUCAAAUCAACUUUACUCGUCACAUGUAUUAGCUUGGACCACAUUGUGGAGGCAGAGCUGCAUCAGUUUGAGAGGAUGUAGGAGGCUAAACCGGGUGCUACAUGGAUGCCUCUACUAUGUGCUUAGUGCCCUCCCCCCAGAGAAGCCUGCAGACUUUCAGUACAUUGGUCUAAGUCCUGGGGGCCUCUCCAACGGGGGUAAAGGAGAAGAUUACUUUGGGCACAUCUUCUGGGACCAGGAAAUAUGGUUGUACCCUGUCGUGCUUGUACUCUAUCCGGAAUUAGCUGCUAUCCUUCUGAAGAACCGAAUUCGAACACUCCCUGCUGCCAAGUCCAUUGCAGCACAACAAGGUUUCUUGGGUGCCAAAUACCCAUGGGAAAGUGCCUUGACUGGAUUUGAGGUCUGUAAUGAAGAUAUUUACGGAUUGAAGGAAAUUCACAUCAACAGUGACAUCUCCUUUGCAUUUCAGCAGUAUUUUUAUCUUACCCAGGACCUGGAGUUGUUUCAGAAGGAAGGGGGUUGGGACGUGGUAUACAGCAUCGCUGAGUUUUGGCGCAGCCGAGUGACUUGGAACCCUUCUGAGAUGUGCUAUGAAAUUAAAGGAGUAAUGCCACCCGAUGAAUAUCAAUCAGAUGUUAACAAUUCUGCCUUCACUGCUGUGGGUGCCAAGUACAGCUUACAUUUUGCUACAGAGUUGGCGGCCAAGCUACAGAUCGAAGUUCCGUCAGAAUGGAUGGAAAUAGCUGAGAAAAUCAAAGUGCCUUUUGACCAUGAGAAGCAAUAUCAUCCUGAGUUUGAUGGAUAUAAAUCAGGGGAUGUUGUGAAACAGGCAGAUGUAGUAUUGCUAGGUUACCCACUCAUGUAUCCGAUGAGUUCUCAGGUGCGGAAGAAUGACCUGGUGAUAUAUGAAGCUGUGACGGAUCCUGAGGGACCAGCCAUGACCUGGAGCAUGUUUGCAGUUGGUUGGUUGGAGCUGAAGAAUGCUGCUCAGGCUCAGCAGCAACUGAACAAGUGCUAUAGCAAUAUUCAGGAACCAUUCAAGAUUUGGAGUGAAAAUGCAGAUGGGUCAGGAGCUGUGAAUUUCUUAACAGGAAUGGGUGGCUUUUUACAGACUGUACUAUUUGGCUACACAGGAUUCAGAAUUACAAAGAAUUGUUUGCUCUUUGAUCCCAUUAUCCCAGAGGAUAUUGAUGAAUUACAGAUUACUGGAAUUAAUUACCUUGGAAAUGUACUGCAACUUAAACUAUCAAAGGAACAGGCCACCAUUGUUUUGAUGAGAUAUGAAAUUCGAUACAUGGCCUUGGAGAUAGUUCUACAGGAUUCAGGAAGGACUUUUGUUUUAAACAGAGAUCAACCUGUGUCUUUUCUUCUGGAACCUGGGAAGAUUCAAGCUAGGUGUAAUACUGAUUCUUUUGAAAUGUGUACAAAGUUAUAGCUUGUAAUUGAACAUUGUUUACCACCCACAAAAUACAGGUUCCUACGUUUUUUUAAAAAUGAAAAUUUGAGAGAUGUUGCAUGCAACCGGGAUUGUAAAUUUUAUAGUGAAUUAUUAAUUUCUUUCUCCUGCCUUUCUACACCAAAGAUGUGGAUUCUUGCUGAGGUAUGAUUCCACUAAAGUGCAGAGUUAUUCAGUUAUAUUUUAUAUAUCUAGUUAUAUUUUAUAUAUCACCUAUUAUAUUUUUAUAUAUAAGCCUAGACUGUGAGGAAUAUUACUUCAGUUGAACCUGAAGGUGUGUUUGCAUGUUUAUUUCUGAGUGGAGUCAUCGUAUUUGGAUGGAGCUCUGACCGAUUCCCUCCACUCCACUCCCAGUUUUUUAAGAUCAGAGUUAUCUGCAGACUGAGUUUACAAGCUUUUUACUUCAAGUGUAUGUGAAUACUCCCCAACAUAACACGUAUUUUAUCGACAAUUGUUGGAGCAACCUAGUGUGAUCCAUUCAUAAAUGUAAUUUAAUCCAAAUGUCUAUGAAUUACUCAAAUGCAAAACUAUCUUUAAAAUUCAGUAUAAAUUGUUUCAAUAAAUGAUGCCUGUUGA